UCUUUUUUCUUUGUUUCUUUCUUUGUUUCUUUGUUUCUUUCUUUCUUUCCUUGUUACACCAUGGCUGACGACUUCGUCAUCGAGGCCUUCACGCUGCUGGCCCUUGCCAUCCUGACCAUCGCCUGUCGAGUCGCGGCCCGCUGGCUGACGGCUGGCCCUAAGAAUUUCGCUCUCGAUGAUUAUUUGAUGCCCGUCGCAGGGGUUGUCUACGCCCUCGAAACCGGCGCCGCCUACUGCGUCAGCGCCUGGUGGCACGGGCUCGCCAACAACUCCAUGACAGCGACCCAGCGCGCGACGCUGUCCCCGUCAUCCGAGGAAUACCGGCUGCGCGUUGGGGGCUCCAAGACCCAGGUGCUGGGUUGGUCGCUGUACACGACGCUGCUGUGGCUGCUUAAGACCUGCAUGGCCGUGUUCUACUCGCGACUCACAGCCGGCCUCUACAACAUGACCCUGCGCAUCCGCAUCGCCUACGCCGCCAUCGCCCUCACCUACCUCGCCGUCAUCCUCAGCAUCCUGCUCGGCUGCCGUCCCCUCCACCGCAACUGGCAGAUCAAUCCCGACCCGGGCAAUUACUGCCAGCCCGCCGUCUCACACAUCGAUGUCUAUGUCACCGUCACUCUGAAUGUCGCCACCGAUGUCUAUCUCAUCUCGAUUCCGUUUCCGAUACUCUUCAAGGCACGCCUGCCGUGGCGCGAGAAACUCGAGCUCGUCGUCCUCUUCAGCGGCGGCUUGUUCGUUAUGGCUGCCGGCAUUCUGCGCUGUGUUCUAAUCGUCACGGCAGGAACAAACGGCGCCUCCCAAGCAGGGAGCUGGGCCUGCCGCGAGACCUUCGUGGCCGUGGUGAUCGGCAACCUGCCGAUGAUCUACCCGGUCUGCCGCCGCAUGGCCCGGCGCGCCGGCGGCUACUGGUCGUCGCCCAGCCAGCCCAAGGGCAGCGCCGCCUCCGGCCCGGGCGGCGCCCUGGCCUACCCGCUCUCCGAGCCGCACAGCGCGCACUCGCGCAGGAAGCGGUUCCGCCAUCCGCUCUCCCUGCCUGAUUCGCAGUGGACGCAGUUUGGAACCGUCAGCGAUGAGCAGGUUAUGCUUGCUCCUCUUGAGGAGGAGGUGGGGGGGAGGGAUCGGGGGGCUGAGGGCGGGAUUCAGGUUGUCAGCGAGUUGAUUGUUACGCGCGAAUAA